AUGGCGGUCGGAAGCGCCGCCGGUUAUUAGGCUCCUCACCGGCUGCCGCCUGCUGGGGUGUUAGGAGUUUGUAUCUGAGAUGGCGGCGACGGCUGAGCUGGAGUAUGAGUCUGUUCUUUGCGUGAAGCCUGAUGUCAAUGUGUACCGCAUCCCGCCGCGCACCUCCAACCGUGGAUACAGGGCUUCUGACUGGAAACUGGACCAUCCAGAUUGGACGGGGCGACUUCGUGUGACCUCCAAAGGCAGAACUGCCUACAUAAAACUGGAGGAUAAGGUUUCAGGGGAACUUUUUGCUCAGGCUCCCAUAGACCAAUACCCUGGCAUUGCAGUGGAGACUGUGACUGAUUCCAGCCGCUAUUUUGUCAUUCGUAUUCAGAAUGGGACUGGACGAAGUGCUUUCAUUGGCAUUGGCUUCGUGGAUCGGGGUGAUGCAUUUGACUUCAACGUCUCUUUGCAGGAUCACUUCAAGUGGGUGAAGCAGGAGACAGAGAUCUCCAAGGAGUCCCAGGAAGCUGACACACGUCCCAAAUUAGAUUUAGGGUUCAAGGAAGGACAGACCAUCAAACUGAACAUUGGGAACAUGACCACCAAGAAAGGAGGGGCAGCCAAACCCCGUGUGUCUGGAUCAGGGGGCCUAAGCCUGCUCCCACCCCCACCAGGAGGCAAAAUUGCGGUCCCUCCCAUCCCUCCCCCUUCUUCUACAGCCAUUGCCAACCAUGUCACACCACCACCCAUGCUGAAAUCCAGUAACAUGAGCAGUACAGAUAUUCUGCUAGACUUAGGCACUCCUGUUCCUGCAUCCAAGGCACCAGCUACUACAGACCUCUGGGGAGACUUCAGCACUGCAUCCAGUGCUGUUCCUAAUCAGGCUCCUCAACAAUCCAACUGGGUCCAGUUCUGAAUGGUUAAAGCAAUGGAAUGGAACAAAGUGAUGACCAAGAGGCUCCAGAAACACCAAAUGGGAUCAGAGGGGGCACAAACCUCUCUAGUCUUCAAUCAAAAAGAAGUCAGGACAAUCCCUCCUUUUUAAAGUAGAUCUUCACAUCAGUCAAAAUGUACCAAUUUUGAUCCCACAGUGAAACCACUGAACCUAAAGAGAACAUACUGACUUCUCGUGUGGUGGGCAAGGAGGAGAGGUAGCCUCAUCUCUUCUACCCACUUGACUGUUACAUGGUACAUCCUAGCUCUUUUUCCCCAGGUUUCCAUACAGGAAAAGCAAGAAUCCUGAGGAAGGUGUGUACAGGAGUAGGUUGGGUAGGUGCAUCUGGCUUCCUUUGUUGCUUUCUGUGGCUGCUUUCAAUAGUGACUCGAGUCUAUGCAGCUUGGCCUACAGUGCUGAGAGCAGCUGUGUUUAGCUGCAGCUUGUAAACGGAAGCUGCAAGGAGAUAGGUUUUGUGUAUCUCUAAGUUUCAACACAAAAUCCUGUUUGAUUAAUUAUGACAUGUGCGGUGAGGAGUGAACCUCCCCUUGCUCACACUACUUUUCCUCUGUUUGGUGCAGUUCUUGGUAGUGCUGGAUGUUGCUGUGCUCUUGUGGGAAGAGACUUACAGGACACUGAAUAGACCUGCUGCUGCCACUAUGCUGUGGCUCCAGAUGGGCACACCAAUGUGAAGCUCCUUGUUUGGCUUGUAGGUUCAUUGGAGGAACUUCUCAUAAUCAUUCCCCCUUCACCUCCAUGCAAGGUCUCCGGGUCUUUGGGCUGUUUUAAUUGGAAAUAGCUUUUUUAAAAACAAAACAAAAGACAGAGAGAAGCCUUUUUGUAAUUUAGUAGUUGCUUAUGCUAGAUGACAACCAGAUGAUCCCACCUCUCAGCACUUCAUGUUCCUGCAUCACUGUCCUGAGUCCUGUCUGUGUGUUUGUCCAGCAGUACAUGUGGUGACUUUGCACUGUUACAGGUAUUACACAGCAGUAAAAAUCAUGGUGGGAAAAUGGACUAUUUUCUAGUGAAGGGAUAGUCCCCUCCCCUUUUUACUUUUUACACUCAUCAUUUGGGCAAGACAUGUAGGAGGCCCAAUCGUAAGAGAUGUGGUAGCUGGAUUUUCUCACCUGAGUUCCUUCUUGUGGCUGUCCUUCUGAGGCUAACUUUCUAGAGAUGUGAUCUGUUUGUAACUUUUUUUAAAAAAAAAAAAAAAAAAAAAAAAAAAAAAAAAACGUGUCCUGAAGACCGCCUACUUUCCUGUGUGUUUUAGAGGGUUAGAAAGUCUGAGGCAGAAGACCUUUAGUCUCUCAUGUUCCGUUUGUGAGAGAUUCCUUAGGCCUCCUCAGUCUGUAAACUAUCCCACCUAUAACAGCUAUUGAUGUGAUGUGGGGUAUGAGUUUGCUGGUUACCUUGGCAACACUCCAGGGCAGGCUAGAAAACAUAAGCCCUACUGUGCUAGCUGAUUAGCUAAAACACUAGCAGCAGAGAUGGUCUGAAUGACCUUUCUGUAGCUGUAACACACCUCAUAGAACACUAGACCUCUGUACUUCCCAAGAAGGCUUCAUAUUUUGAACACUCAACCAACAGCAACACUUUUGUAACUGGGUUACACUGUGCAAGGGUUCUGUAUGAGUAAAUUCUGUCCUCUGAGGCUAAAACUUCAUAGUGGGGCUCUUAGAGUAUUUACCCAUAUACACCUUGCACUUGCAAAGGUCUCUGGUCCUUUCUGUCUUUUUACUAAACUAAGGGUAUUUUGGAGACAAAGUUUCACUUAGAGCAUCUCUCUGGGAAGCUAAGAUUUUUUUAAAAAAUAGCUGUAAAGCUGCUGCAGUUCCACUUGGGGAAAUAGAGACCGGACUGUUCUUGAAUGUAAUUUUAGUCACUUAAUCCUGAUGCCCUGCCUCUCUUGAUGUUCUCCCUGCUCCCCUCACCCACCCUAGUUGCUCUUGAAUCUCACUGUACAGCAGCUUCCAGCCUCCUCUGAAUUUGUAAUCUGCUAGCUGUCCCUUUCUUUCCCGUGCAUUCUUUAGUCUAAGCCAUGGACUUUGCUGACUGGCUUGGUUUUUCACAUAUCAUUGUCAGGUCAUGUCAUUUCAAGUACAUAUCAGUUCCCCAAACCAAGUUCAACACCAAUUAGGAAAUAUCCAGGAGCCUCUUAUUCUGUGUUUUGUCUUAAUUAGUAUUCUGGAGAUAAUAUAUUAUGUAUUUGAAAAGCUGAAGAAGCAAAAAUUAAAAAUAUAUGUACAUAAAGCAUAAGAUGUACUGAUGCAAAAGUGGUAAUUAAACAAAUAAUGUUGGGGAAAAAAUGUUGCAAGUCUUCUACAUUGUCAAGUUGUUGCUUUGGCAGCUUUGCAGAUUGAAGGUUUUUAAGUCUCCUGCAAACUCCUUGUAGCUAUUUUUCCUUCUG